ACAGCGAUUCGGCCUUCACCGUACGUACAAGUGGCUCACAUCCUCAGUGUUUGCGCAGGCCCCAGAGAAGACGUUAUCUCCCGUGCAUGUGCGAGUGAUCGCAUAACAUAGCGGGCAUGCCAAGAGCGUGACGCGGUAGUGAUCUGUGCCCCGUAAACAAUAGCAGAAAUAUAAACGGUACAUUGUUUCGACCUGUUCACAACCUUUGGCAUCGCGCCCACACAAAAUCGCUUGCACUUUGCGACGACUAACUGCUAGACGCAGUCAUCGCUGGCACUUUCUGUUGCGCUACGAAGCGCGGCUAGUGCCUGUAUUGAUAAUCAUGGACAUGACUGAACUGGCAUCCGUGAAGGCUGCGCCGAAACAGGCAGGCGACAAUGUGGACCGAACGGUGGGCCUGCCGUCUCCAUUUUUUUCCGUACCGGUCACUGAUCCGGAAGCGAACUACCGCAACUGGUACGCGGCCAAAAAGAGCGUUUCCGAGGGCCUGUUCGACGUGGCGUUGCUCUCGGCGAAUGGGGCGCAACUCAAGCAUGUGCUCCAGUUGGGACGAGGCUUCGACUUCUACACACCCGUCCUGAUCCUGGUAUCACUCUCCAUUGGCCUGCAGGUUAUACAAAUGGGGCUUCUCGUGGUCGUUGGAUUCUUGGACUUAUCGAAAGAGUGCCACCAGAGACGCGUGGAGCUGCUCACCAACGUGGCGACCGCCAUCGCAACCGUGGUGGCCAUGAUCAACGUUGUCGCGGCUUCCUUCAAUCUCAGACACGAGGAUGGCGGGCCUCAGUGAUAGGCACUUCCCACCGCACGAAAGGCCCGCGCUGUUUCAGUGAACGAACUAUGCUACCACACUGCAGCAACCGUCAUUGUUCGACUGUGUC